UCUUCUUCUUUCUUUCAAAAAAAAUUUUUUCCUUUUUCCUUUUCCUUUUCUCUAUAGUUACAUCCAUAUAUAACUUAAUAUUGUUAAGUAUAUACAAUCUAUCUAUUCAAUUAAUACACAACAAUGGGUGCUUCUGAUUCUUCUUUCUUUAUUGAUUUCAUGAUGGGUGGUGUUUCCGCCGCCGUCUCCAAGACUGCCGCUGCUCCAAUUGAAAGAGUCAAAUUAUUGAUUCAAAAUCAAGAUGAAAUGAUCAAACAAGGUCGUUUAGGUAAAAAAUACGAUGGUAUUGGUGAAUGUUUCAAAAGAACUGCUGCUGAAGAAGGUGUUACUUCAUUCUGGAGAGGUAACACUGCUAAUGUUAUUAGAUAUUUCCCAACCCAAGCUUUAAACUUUGCUUUCAAAGAUAAAUUUAAGGCUUUAUUCGGUUUCAAAAAGGAAGAAGGUUACUGGCCAUGGUUUGCCGGUAACUUGGCUUCUGGUGGUUUAGCUGGUGCCACUUCUUUAGCUUUUGUUUACUCUUUAGAUUAUGCUAGAACUAGAUUAGCUAAUGAUGCUAAAUCCGCUAAAGGUGAUGGUCAAAGACAAUUCAAUGGUUUAUUCGAUGUUUACAAGAAGACUUUAGCUUCUGAUGGUAUUGCUGGUUUAUACAGAGGUUUCGGUCCAUCUGUUGUUGGUAUUAUUGUUUACAGAGGUUUAUACUUCGGUUUAUAUGAUUCUUUGAAACCAGUUGUUUUGGUUGGUCCAUUAGAAGGUUCUUUCUUGGCUUCUUUCUUAUUAGGUUGGACUGUUACCACUGGUGCUUCUACCGCUUCUUACCCAUUAGAUACCGUUAGAAGAAGAAUGAUGAUGACUUCUGGUCAAGCCGUUAAAUAUAACGGUGCUUUCGACUGUUUCAAACAAGUUGUUGCCGCCGAAGGUGUCAAAUCCUUAUUCAAGGGUUGUGGUGCUAACAUCUUAAGAGGUGUUGCCGGUGCCGGUGUUAUCUCCUUGUACGAUCAAUUACAAGUUAUCUUAUUCGGUAAAAAAUUCAAAUAAACUAAUUAAUUCUAUACAUUAAAUUAAGUUUUUAUCCUUUUUAUAUUUUACUCUCUUUUCGUUUAGUAUAAUGUUAUUAAUUGUAUAAAUUUUUGUAUAUAUUUAAGUUAGUUUAUUCAAAAAAAAAAAAAUUUUUUUUUUUUUUCAGUUUUUCGCUGUAAUUCCUUUUUGCUCCCGGG